UUUUUUUUUAAUUUAUUUGAAAAUUUUCGGCACUUUCGGCGGGGAUCCCGGGGCGGAGCCGCCUUCGCCGAGCCUGCGGCGGCCGGGAGGGGCCGGUUGUCCGCAGUGCUCGCCGGCCCCCGGGGAUGGGCUCCGGUGGGGCGCCCGCCGCUUAGCCCGGCUCGGCUCGGCCCGGCCCGCUCCGGUCCGGCGCGCCGGGGGCAGCGGGGGCCGCGCCGCGCAGCAUGGCCGCGGAGCUCAGCGCCGAGGAGGAGCAGGCGACCAAGCAGUUCCUGGAGGAGAUCAACAAGUGGACGGGCCAGUACAAUGUGUCCCCGCUCUCCUGGAACGUGGCCGUCAAGUUCCUCAUGGCCCGCAAGUUCGACGUCCUGCGGGCCAUCGAGCUCUUUCACUCCUACCGGGAAACGCGGCUGAAGGAGGGCAUCGUGAAGCUGAAGCCGCACGAGGAGCCGCUGCGCUCGGAGCUGCUCAGUGGCAAGUUCACCAUUCUGAGCGUGCGGGACCCCUCGGGAGCCUCCAUCGCCCUCUUCACAGCCAAGCUGCACCACCCCAGCAAGAGCGUGCAGCACGUCGUGCUCCAGGCGCUCUUCUACCUGCUGGACCGAGCGGUGGAGAGCUUCGAAACCCAGAGGAACGGACUGGUGUUCAUCUAUGACAUGGCAGGCUCGCAGUACACCAACUUCGAGCUGGACCUCAGCAAGAAGAUCCUCAACCUGCUGAAGGGUGCCUUCCCGGCUCGGCUCAAGAAGGUUUUCAUCGUGGGAGCGCCCAUGUGGUUUCGUGUCCCCUACUCCAUCAUCAGCCUGCUGCUGAAGGAGAAGCUGCGGGAGCGGGUGCAGAUGGUGAAGAUGUCGGAGCUGAAGGAGCACCUGCCCCGGGAAUGCCUCCCCGAGUACCUCGGGGGGUCCCUCAAACUGGAUCCUCUAAGCUGGAACUGCCGGUUCCUGCCCCAGCAGAAUGGGCACCCCGACCCCCUGGACGAGCUCAUCCUGGUGCCACUGGUGGCCCCCAAAGAUAACGGCUCCGUCCACAUCCCCGGGCCCAAGUCCGUCACCCUGCAGGAGCUGCUGGAUCACGUCAGCCACAAGCAGAAGCGGGGCAUCUAUGAAGAGUACGAAGAUAUUCGGCGGAGGAGCCCAGCCGGCACCUUCGUCUGCUCUUUGGCACCCUACAACCAGGAGAAGAACCGGUACGGGGAUGUGCCCUGUUUGGACCAAACCCGCGUCAAGCUGGCGAAGCCGUACAGCCGCCCGGAGCUGACCGACUACAUCAACGCGAGCUUCAUGGAUGGCUACAAGCAGAGGAACGCUUACAUCGGGACUCAGGGGCCUCUGGAAAACACCUAUGGUGACUUCUGGCGCAUGGUGUGGGAGCAAAACGUCCUGGUGAUUGUGAUGACAACCCGGCUGGAGGAGGGAGGCAGGAGAAAGUGCGGCCAGUACUGGCCCCUGGAGAAGGAUUUCCAGGUGUGCUUCGGGGCCCUGACCAUCACCAACCUGGGCGUGGAGAACCUCAACCAUUACAAGAAAACCAUCCUGGAGAUCCACAGCUCAGAGACCAGGGAGCGGCGGCUGGUGUCUCACUUCCAGUACCUGAGCUGGCCGGACUACGGCGUCCCCUCCUCUGCGGCCACCCUCAUCGACUUUUUGGGGGCCGUGAAGCAGCAGCAGAGGGUGGCAGUCAGCGCCCUGGGACCUCGCUUCAAGGGUCACCCUGGGGGACCCCCGAUCGUGGUGCACUGCAGCGCUGGCAUCGGCAGGACAGGUACCUUCUGCGCUCUGGACAUCUGCCUGUCCCAGCUGCAGGACGUGGGCACGCUGAACAUCUACCAGACGGUGCUGCGCAUGCGGACCCAGCGCGCCUUCAGCAUCCAGACCCCCGAGCAGUAUUACUUCUGUUACACCGCCGUCCUCGAGCACGCCCAGCGCGAGGGCCUGCUGCUCGCCAACCACAACCGGGCCGGCCAGGAGAAGAGCUCGCCGGGACACUGAGACCCGCUGCCUCCCCACAGACACCCCCCACACACACCUCUUCCCAUCCUCCCGGGGUUGCCAGAGCCGCCUCCGCGCCCGUCGGGACUCGGCAGAGCUGUCGGGGCGGUGGUGCCGGAACGCAGCGGCAGGCAGGCAGGCAGCUGCCCGUCCUCGACUAUUAGCACUGCUAUCGAACUGUGCCUUAUUCAAACCAAACGGUGGCUGCCGCUCGCCGGGGGGUGGAGGACGGCGCGGGAAGAGGCUCUCGCUCCUCUCCGUGGUAUUUCUGUUGGGGGGGUUUGGUUGUUUGGGGAGGUGGUUUUUCUUCUCUUCAAGUUGUUUCUGGGUUUUUGGUUUUUGUUUUUGUUUUGUUUUGUUUUUGUUGGGACCAUCUAAAAUGUAUCUAGAGAGGGGCUUUGCAAAGCCCUAGGAAAUGUAUUUCCAGUCCUGCCCCUGGCCUGGGGCUUAGGAAGAGGCACCUACGUCAGUCUUACCUGCCACUAAGUCUGUGUGUCUGUAUGUAUGUGUGUAUAUAAUAUAUCCUUGCUGUGCCCAACCCCGGCUAUUAUAUAGAGACAUAUAUACAAGCACCUGUUUUAGCAGCUCCUGUGGGUCCCUGCUGUCCUGCCGUCUCACCGCUGUGAUCCCUGGAGCGGUGAGUUUGGUCUGGGCUCUGUCUUGUCUUCCCCCCCUGCUCCUUUUUUCCCCUUUUCUGCCCCCCCUGCUCCUCACAGGCAGCCUUGGGACCCGGUACCCGCUCCCAUGCCCAUCCUGCGGGAGGCAUGGGGAUGCUCGGCGGCAUCCCCCCUGCUUUGCUUGUCUCAUCUUCCCCAUCCUCGUCUCCUGCUGGGAGAGGGCAGCUCUGCUCCCGGGAGGGGGAUCUGGAGGAUUUUGGCCAUGGCACGCGGGUUGGCCGGGGGGUGAGGAGCUCACAGGCGUCCCCUGCCCCUUGGGGCGCAGCCGCGGGAGUCACUAGGUACGAGGUGAUGGGGACGGACGGGGACCGACCGGCUCUCCGGGUUGCCCAGCUUUCCCAAGCCGGCAGCGGGAACCCGUGGGCCCAGCCCUGUGGUGAGUCAUGGGCUGGAAAAACGCUGAGCAAAAAAAAAAAGCCAAAACCCUCGAGAGGCGGCAAGCCAACCUGUGGGGCAGCAGUGCCCACAGGGGAUGGCUGCCCUGGCCCCCUGCCCCUCUGUGCCACCCGGGGAGCCGGGACUGGCAGCGCCUGGGCCUCAGUAACUUUAUACUGUAAUAAGCUCUUUGAAUGUGUAUAUUCUUAUUUUUUUAUAAUCUUAGGGGGGGUGGGGGUUUUUUGGUUUGUUUUUUUGUUUUGUUUUGGUUUUUUUGUAUUUAACAUUAACUUGAUCCAAGCCAGAGCCAGAAGUAUUUGUAAAUGUUCCUAUUUUGCUCUUGUUCAGAGAAACAUUUUUGUUGUUACUUUUUGGGUUUUGUUUUGGUUUUAUUUGUAUCGACUUACAAAUAUACCGCCAGUGAUCAGUCCUCUUAGCUCUCGUGGUGGAGUUGGUCAGGGGCAGGAGAGAGGGAGCUGAAGGCUUUGCACACCCCGCAGUCCCCAAAAGCAAGCUGGCCCCAUCCCUGGGGACACACGGACCUGCGGCAGCCCCCCAGCACUUUGGGGGGCUCAGGGCUGCAUUUAGGGCCGUGCUGGGGAGCACGGGGUAGGACUUGCACGGGGCUGGAGGGCUGAGGGCAGCAGCCCUAAGAGCUGGCCAGCCCACUCCUGUCCUGGGUGAGGCCCCGUGAGAGAUAACCAGGCUGCAGGCAGCUUUCCUGGGCGGGCAGGAUAAUGGCAGGAGGGAAGGCAGAAAGACGGGCUGGGCUGUAUGCAGCCUCGUUAGCUGCGGAGGGGGAUGCAAGCCGCCCCUCUCCGAACUACUGCCUCUUUUCCUAGGGCCUCGCCGAGCCCCAGAGCAUCAGUAUUCUGUCCUGCUUCAAGCAAUGGGCUCUUCGGAGCCUCUUCUUUGCAUAGUCCCUUUCGCCAGCUGUCACCUUCCUCCUAUCUAUUUUUAUUAAUUAUUAUUUAGAAAGUGCCCAGGGUGUGUUUGCCACCCUGGCGAACAGUCUGGGAAACCAAACUUCUGCCUGCAAGGAGCCUCUGGGUCCCGGCUUGGAGAUCGAGCCCCCCCCCCCGAUGGGGAGGCCAAGCAAGCGGGGCCGGCUGCAGGAUCUGCCUGCUGCUGCCUGCACCUCACAAGGCACGGCGGUUUUGGGGUGGCUGGGAGGGUUUGCCUCUAAUGCAAAUGCUGUCAACAGCAAAAGGAUGGGCGGCUGCUAAUUUGAACAAGAUGCACUUGAUCUCAUUGCUGCUACAUGUAAUGCUCAAGGGAUGGAAGCGGAGAUUAAAAGGAAUGGAGUUGU